CAGCCGCCCGCCCCUGCCGAGCUCCGUCCUCCUCCGCUCCGGUGGCUCCGCCCGCGCGGCCCAAUUUCCAGGCGACUGUCUCCGGGAGACUGCGCGGUCCCCUCUGGUGAGAGGCCCCGCCUGUGCCGGGGCGGGCCUGCCUGGGGCCGGAGGAGCAACGCGGUAGCCCCGGGGCGAGAACAGGACGUGGGGCCGCACUGCCUGCAGGCUCCUCGUCCCCGCGUAACUCCAGGUGGGCCUGACGUGCUCUGGGUCCCAGCGCAGUGGGUAGGGGCCCCGGGUCGCUGCGAUGGACUCUCUGGCAGCACCCCAGGACCGCCUGGUGGAGCAGCUGCUGUCGCCUCGGACCCAGGCCCAGAGGCGGCUCAAGGACAUCGACAAGCAGUACGUGGGUUUCGCCACACUGCCCAACCAGGUGCACCGAAAGUCCGUGAAGAAGGGCUUUGACUUCACACUCAUGGUGGCGGGGGAGUCGGGCCUGGGGAAGUCCACGCUGGUCCACAGCCUCUUCCUGACCGACUUGUACAAAGAGCGGAAGUUGCUCAGCGCCGAGGAACGCAUCAGCCAGACGGUCGAGAUCCUGAAGCACACGGUGGACAUUGAAGAGAAGGGUGUCAAGCUGAAGCUCACUAUCGUGGACACGCCUGGCUUUGGGGACGCCGUCAACAACUCUGAGUGUUGGAAGCCCAUCACCGACUACGUGGACCAACAGUUUGAGCAGUAUUUCCGGGACGAGAGCGGCCUCAACCGCAAGAACAUCCAGGACAACCGUGUGCACUGCUGCCUGUACUUCAUCUCCCCUUUUGGGCACGGGUUGCGGCCAGUGGAUGUGGGCUUCAUGAAGGCACUGCACGAGAAGGUGAACAUCGUGCCCCUCAUCGCCAAAGCCGAUUGUCUGGUCCCUGGUGAGAUCCGGAAGCUCAAGGAGCGGAUCCGGGAGGAGAUCGACAAGUUUGGGAUCCAUGUGUACCAGUUUCCUGAGUGUGACUCAGACGAGGACGAGGACUUCAAGCAGCAGGAUCGAGAACUCAAGGAGAGCGCACCCUUCGCUGUUAUCGGCAGCAACACGGUGGUGGAGGCCAAGGGGCAGCGGGUCCGGGGGCGACUGUACCCCUGGGGGAUCGUGGAGGUGGAGAACCAGGCACACUGCGACUUUGUGAAACUUCGCAACAUGCUUAUCCGCACACACAUGCACGACCUCAAGGACGUGACGUGCGACGUGCACUACGAGAACUACCGGGCCCACUGUAUCCAGCAGAUGACCAGCAAGCUGACCCAGGACAGCCGCAUGGAGAGCCCCAUCCCCAUCCUGCCACUGCCCACCCCAGAUGCCGAGACGGAGAAGCUCAUCAGGAUGAAGGAUGAGGAGCUCAGGCGCAUGCAGGAGAUGCUGCAGAAAAUGAAGCAGCAAAUGCAGGACCAGUGACCCUGCUGCAGCCCCACGUUGUCAUGGAUAUACUGCCCACUUCCAGGCUGGCCCUUCCCACCCCUGGACCCCGACUGGCCUGGACUCGACCCCGGAUUCAUCUGAAUCUCCAACAGGCCUGGACACAACCCCAACCCCAGAGUGGCCCAGACCUGGACUUUUCCCUACUGUUCCCUACCUGACCCAGAGACGCGGGGUUGCAGCCCCCAGCCAACCCUAAUUUAUUCUCAGCAUUAGCUCCUCCCCUCAUUUGUAUCUGAUUCUAUGGGGCCUGGACAAUGCUCCCCUGCCCCCAGCCCUCUCUGGCCUUGGGGGAGCAGGGGCUAAGUUGGAUGGUGACUUUUGAGGUCACAGCACUCCGCCUCCAGGCCCUACUCCGAAGGGCUGGUAAAUCAAGGCAAACUAGGGGAGCCGAUCCCAGGAUCCUGGCCUUUCCUCCUGACCUGGUGCAGCAGAGUGAACUUGGGAACACUCACUCUGUGCCCAGGUGGCCAGGGCCUUCUUACCUCCUGACCAACUCAACAGGCAGCUCAGCAGGCAGGUUGGGCAGCUGAAGCAAAUAGGAUCUUUCUAGACCUAAGGAGGCCAGUCGGCUGCUGGGGAGGAAAGUGGGGGCUGGGAUGCCCGUCAACACCUGUGACCAUCCCCCAGGGCCAUGGCCCUACCAGGCUCUAGGAGCAGUGGGGGUGGGCAGCCUGGCACCCCCAUCCUGCACCACCCUCUCUGCCCCUGGGGGCUGGAGGGCUCUUCUCGCCAGCGCUCUUGCCCUGGGUUCCUGAGUCCUUGGUACCCCCCCUCCUUCUACCCGCAUGAUCCCUGCCUCCGAACCCCCUUCUCGGUUUGUUCAUUUGUGAAUGCUGCGUCCUGUCCUGGUGACAGGAGAACAAUGUUGGUGAACUCGCA